AAUUUCUGACAAAAGUCACGUAGGCCCUUUCGAUGAUCCGUGCAUGUUUAUAUUUUGUGAUAAAUAUAACCUAAAUAAUUGCUGUAAAACAGUUUUAUUUACAUAAGAGUUACUUAUGAGUAUGACUAUUUACAUCUGCAAGGAAAUUGGGAAUUGAGUUUACACAAUGGAGGACUUCGCUGCGGACUCCGGUGUUGUGGUUAUUCGAGCGAAACCAGAAGGGCAAAGGAAGACUUUCAAACCUACGAUAAGAUCAGUGACCAAGAUCCCCGAUGAAUUACUGAAUGAUCCUCUAAUAAACAGAGCCUGCGAGGCCUUGCCACAGAACUAUAAUUUCGAAAUCCAUAAGACCAUUUGGAGAAUACGCUCUCUAAAAGCUAAGAGGGUCGCGCUUCAAAUGCCUGAAGGUCUCACAUUAUUUGCCACAACUCUGUGUGAUAUAAUAGAAACUUUUACUGAAGCUGACACAGUGAUCCUGGGUGACGUCACAUACGGAGCAUGCUGUAUCGACGACUUCACGGCCCUCGCCCUCGGCGUGGACCUGCUGGUCCACUAUGGACACUCCUGCCUCAUACCCAUAGAUCAGACCAGUGGCAUCAAGGUACUUUACAUAUUUGUAGACAUCAAAAUAGACCCUUCACACUUUGUAGAAACAAUGAAACUUAAUUUUGAAAAGGGAAAACAUUUGGCUCUAGUUAGUACUAUACAAUUUGUGACAACCCUGCAUGCGGUGGCCAAGAGCCUGCGGACUGAAGAUUACAUAGUGACAGUACCACAGUGCAAGCCUUUAUCUCCUGGUGAGAUCCUCGGGUGCACUGCUCCCAAAGUGAACUGUGAUGCUAUAGUGUAUUUAGGUGAUGGAAGAUUUCAUUUAGAGUCAAUAAUGAUAGCCAAUCCCACAAUACCAGCAUACAAGUAUGAUCCUUAUGAGAAGAAAUUCACUGUAGAGGAAUAUGAACACAAACUAAUGCAGGAGAAUAGACACAACCAAGUGAAGACAGCUGCAGAUGCUGGCAGGUUUGGUCUGAUACUGGGCACGCUAGGAAGACAAGGAAGUACCAAGGUUUUGGGUAACCUAGAAAAGCAAAUCAAAAGCUCCGAAAAGAAGUUUGUAAAGAUUCUCCUUUCAGAGAUAUUCCCUAAUAAAUUGUCUCUAUUUGAUCUCGAUGCCUUUGUACAAGUAGCCUGCCCAAGGUUAUCCAUAGACUGGGGCACAGCCUUUCCUAAACCUCUGUUGACUCCUUAUGAGUUCUCAGUGUCUCUGGGAAAUAGUAAAUGGAUGAAGGAAGAUGGCACAUAUCCCAUGGAUUUCUAUUCUAAUGACAGCCUGGGUCCAUGGACACCAAACUACAAGCCAGUGUUAUGUUCUGGUACUGACAAGAAGUGUGACAACUGUUGCGGGGGCAAGGAGAAGAAAUAGCACUCACGGGAAUGUCCUGUGGGAUGACAGCAGCGGCCUCGCGAGCCUGCGAGAACACUUGCGAAUCCAGGAACUUCGAUGGGAAAGUCUCCGCAAAGUUGGGAAUGGGUACAUUCUUGGUGUCAGGCCUGUAAACAAUUUAUACUGUAGGUAUAUUCAAAGGAAUGUAAAUUUUUUGUAAUAGUGAACUUUGUAAAUACUGUGUAAAAUAUGAUGCUGUUAAUUUAUUACUUUUGUAAAUUCUUAUCAAACAUUUAUGUAUAAUGCCACAAGUCAAGGUUGCCUGGAUAAUUUAUUACUAAAUGAUUUCCAUUAUACAACAACUUCAUUGAUUAUUAAUAUUAUUAAUAUGUUUAAUACCUGUGCAUCAGAGCCACAGAGAAGCCAUAGUUGAAGAGUUGAGGGUUCAGGUUCACACGGGCGAAGGCACAGGUUGACAGGAAAUCUUGCAACUGGUUGGUUGGGACAGCUGUAAAUUAAUUCAAUUAUCAGCAAAUUGUAUAUUUUCAUGUUGGUUAAUAAAUCAAUAAGUUUUUACUA